UCAAAUUGCUUUGUAGUUGUCGAAAGGGAAGGAAGAGCGUUCGCGCGAGAGCAACACGUCGAGAGAGGACAUCCUACGAAGGAAAAGACCCAAUACGGAUGCGUCGAAAUGGCCGUUGCCCUACCAGCGAGUUCUCGAGCAUCGACUGGGCUUUAUUCUGCUAUGGGACGAGCUCGUUGUUUGAGGGUACCGGUAGUCACAGCUGGCGAAUUUCACACUCUCAGGCUCGUUGUGUGAGUCUCGCGGUCCAUCAGGGAAAGGGGGGUUGAGCUUGGAUCCAGUUGAGGCCGCGCGGUAGUACC